AUGUCUCAAUCAUCUCUGAUCCAAGACCCUGAUUCAAACCAUCCAGUCCAUAAGACACUGGCGAGUGCGGCCAAUUUGGCAAAUCUUCUGCCCACCAGCACCGUCCUUGCUUUCAAUGCCCUCAUUCCUUCUUUCUCCAACAAUGGCGUCUGCCGUCUCUCCAACCACAUUCUUACUCUGUCCGCCAUACUGGUCUGUGCCCUGCUCUGCUUCUUCUCCUCCUUCACCGAUAGCUUCGUGGCCAGAGAUGGUAGGCUCUACUACGGCAUUGCCACGUUCAAAGGUCUCUACAUCUUCAACCAUAGCCAGUUUGAGGAAGUGACAGAAUCGGACAAGUACAAGAUCUCGAGCAUAGACUUCGUGCAUGCGUUCUUAUCAUUGGUGGUGUUUCUGAUAUUCGCCAUCACAAACACCAAUGUUCAGAGCUGUCUGAUGCCUCACGUGGGCCCUAAUGAAAGCGCCUUCAUCACCAACUUGCCGUUAGCAGCUGGGGUUUUAUCCACCUUUCUCUUCACCAUCUUUCCAACAACCAGAAGAGGCAUGGGAUCCUCUGACAUGCACGUCGCUGACUAG